CAACGGGACUACCAAAUCUGCCUGACAGAAGCGAUAUAAACAAAGUGCAGAAACUACAGAAAUAACAUCGUAAAAUUAAUGGAAUUCUGGUGAAAAUUCUACAAAACUCAACAUAGUGGGAUUGUCCGCUUGCUUACAAUUUUGGCCGAUCCUUUUAUAAGUGCGAAGUUAAACACACUGGAUUCAUAUCAAAUCAACCCGCUACAGCCCUUGAGCCCAAACCACGGAGCAGAGGGGCAAGCAAACAAAAAUCGAUGACAACAAUCAUUCCACGCAAUCGUUGCCUGCUGGCCAGAAAGUAAGAGUUUCCCAGAACCACCCCAUCAAAAGUUUCCAAUGUAAACCAAAAAGAAAAACAAACCUGUGAUCGGAAACGUAUCAAAAACAUUUAAAAAUGGCCACUGCAGCUAUGGCAAGAGGUAGAAAGAAAUCGGCCACCACCAUCGCACCCAAAAGUAACCAUAUGGAUACGGAAAGCGAUGAACAGGAGUACACAGCCCUCAGCCGGAAGCUGCAAAGCAAGGUGGAAGCGCUGAAAAUUAUGCGCUACGAGCUCGAGAAGUGCCGCACCGAGCGGGACCAGUUUAAGCUGAUGGCCGAAACGAUACAGCUGCGGUACUCCGCCAUCAAGAACAGCCUGAACGCGCCCGACUUCCAGGCGGCCGGGUUUGGCAACAGUUCCGCCGUAAGUCUGCUGGUGAAGCAAACGCGCGAACGCAACGAAGCGCUCACGACGGAGGUGGAAUCGCUCAAGCAGCGGCUGUACGAUCUCGAGGGCGACAUAAAGGUGGUACGAGCGCGAAACGUAGAGCUGCAGGACACGUGCGGCAAGCUGCGGGCGACCAACGAAUCGCUUCUCUCCGCGAACGGCGACCAGACUUGGCAGGCGGAAAAGUCGCAGCUCAUCGCGCAGCUGGAGCAGCUGCGGAAGCGGAACGCUCAGCUGCAGUACGACUUCCGGUCGCUGCUGGACGAAAAGGAGGAAACCGUCACGGAACGGGACGCGUACAAGUGCAAAGCCCACCGACUGAACCACGAGCUGAACGUUGCGCUGAGGGGUGCUGGUGGUGCUGGCGGUGCCUCCCAGACACUGCUGGACAUUGACGGGCUGAUACUGGAGAACAAGUACCAGGCCGAGAAGAUUGCCAACAUCGAAAACGAGCUAAGUUUGGCGCGGCAAGCAGCAAGCAAAUAUAAGUCCAUGCUGGAAACGAACCGGAAGAAGGGCAUUAUCAAGCUUGGCACUAACAACAAUAACAAAACGAUCAUGUCCCAUUCACAAGUGAAACACCUGCUGGAGAAUGGAACCGUCGACGAGCUGCCGCUCAAGGCGGCCACCAUAUCCGAUCUGAAAUCGCUCUGUCUAGCGCUGCUAGACAACGUGAACGACAAGAGUCUCGCUCUCUCGCAUCAGAAAAAGACGAACAAGCUGCUGGCUACAAAAAUAGCGGAACUGGAGCGACACAUCAAAACGCUUGCUGGCUGUGACGAUCGGGCCACUAUGGCGAGUCUCUCGCCGUCCCAGUACCUGCUGAACGGUUACAGCUCGGCCACGGUUGAUCACCACCAGGAGGGUGAAAUUAUUGUGCGACACGCUCGGGAAACGUCCGACCACACACUCGACCCGGCCGGCCCGCUAGAGGGCAACAGUUCCAGCGGCCCAUCGCACAGCGGUCAGCGCACGGAACCACUAUCGUCCAGCUCGAACAAGAGCUGCGUGCUGAGCUGCUCCGACGAGGAGGAAGAGGAGGAGGACGACGAUGACGUUGCUGGCCGCUGCACGGGCGACAGUGCGACGACAAACACCUCCAACACGGAAGAAUUGCAGGCAGCGAUCGCGCAGCUGGUAGCGUCCGUCGAACGUGAGCUUAGUGCGGACGAGCAGCUACCCCAACUGCCCGACGAUAUAGCGGCACUCAUCGAGCAGUUCAAGGAAGCGUCGUCCGGCGAUUGCACCUCCUAAACAGUCACCAUGCUGAUCUUGGCUGAUCUCUUUUGUUAUUUGCGUUUUUCGAAUCGUGUUGUACCCACCUCUCCUUACGCUAAAGCACCCUAUCCAGCCAAGAACAGUCGCUAACCUUUCCUCGCUAUGGCACUAUUGGAGCUGAUGGUGGUAAUUUAUUCCGCCCCGAACUCGAUUCAUCCUUCCGUGACGUCAGAUCGACGCAGCAGAAAAGAAAAAAAAAAACGUGUGACAGAUUUGAGCCGAACCGGAUCGGGAAACAAACAUGUUAUCAGUAAUAAACACUUGAACAGAACCGAA